GGUUAGCUCAUUGUAGCUUGCGUGGUAGCUAUCUGCAGGUCUCGUCUUCGGUUCAACCUCCACACCGUGCGCCUAUAUAACGCUACGUACUACUCAAGCAGCAUACACUGUAAGAUACGCCAGCCAGCCCAACACGUCCCGGAAUACUAACCCAGCGCUGCACACGCAUACAGUUCCAGUGCAGAUGGCUCCGGUGAGCAGCGCAGUGACGUUCCUCCCGACGGCGGCGUCGGGCGAGACGACGCUGCGGCCGUCGUUCGUGCGCGAGGAGGACGAGCGGCCCAAGGUGGCGCACGACUGCUUUAGCGACGACGUACCGGUGGUGUCUCUCGAGGGCAUCGACGACGUCGGCGGCGCGCGGAGGGCCGAGAUCCGCGCGCGCGUGACCGCGGCGUGCGAGGACUGGGGCAUCUUCCAGGUCGUGGACCACGGCGUGGACGCCGCGCUCGUGGCCGACAUGGCGCGCCUGGCGCGCGAGUUCUUCGCGCUGCCGCCCGAGGAGAAGCUCCGCUUCGACAUGUCCGGCGGCAAGAAGGGCGGAUUCAUCGUCUCCAGCCACCUCCAGGGCGAGACGGUGAAGGACUGGCGGGAGAUCGUGACCUACUUCUCAUACCCUGUGAAGGCCCGUGACUACUCGAGGUGGCCCGACAAGCCGGCGGCGUGGCGCGCGGUGGUGGAGCAGUACAGCGAGAAGCUGAUGGGCCUGACCUGCAAGCUCCUGGGCGUGCUCUCCGAGGCAAUGGGCCUGGAGACGGACGCGCUCGCCAAGUCCUGCGUGGACAUGGACCAGAAGGUUGUGGUCAACUUCUACCCCAAGUGCCCCCAGCCAGACCUCACGCUGGGCCUCAAACGCCACACCGACCCCGGCACCAUCACGCUGCUGCUGCAGGACCUCGUCGGCGGCCUCCAGGCCACCCGCGAUGGCGGCCGGACGUGGAUCACCGUGCAGCCCGUAGAGGGAGCCUUCGUCGUCAACCUCGGCGACCAUGGCCAUUUCUUGAGCAACGGCAGGUUCAAGAACGCCGACCACCAGGCGGUGGUGAACUCCGAGUGCAGCCGGCUGUCGAUCGCGACGUUCCAGAACCCGGCACCCGACGCGACGGUGUACCCGCUGGCCGUGCGGGAGGGCGAGGCGCCCAUACUGGAAGAGCCCAUCACCUUCUCGGAAAUGUACCGGCGCAAGAUGGUGCGCGACCUCGAGCUCGCCAAGCUCAAGAAGCAGGCCAAGGCCGAGAAGCAGCUGCAGCAGAGUGCCAAGAGCAAGGAGUUCGCCUCGCCAAAGGCCAAAUCGCUCGACGAGAUUCUUGCCUAACGCGAUCGAACCAUUGGUGCAUGAUACAUAAGAAUAUUAACUGUGAGCGUGUAGUAAUUAAGUGCUACGAAAUAAUGCGUCGCCGUGAAAUAGAGGCACUUGUUAGCGUGCUUGUGCGGAUUAAUUGUAUUUCAUAUGAAUUCUGGGUGUGCAGUUUUCAGGACUGAGAUGGUCACAGUGACAAGUUCAGUUGCCAUUAUUUUUUUCGAACUGACAGCAGGAGGUCUGCUGAUUUUUUCGUAGAAGAAGCAGAAGGGAAAAGUACACAAGGUCCUUCCAUAUAUGCCACCGGAAGUAGAGGACAAUGCCAUUGAUCUUCCGACGAAUGUGCGUGCCAAUGGCCCUGUUUGCCUUUUGCCGCCACGCUCUGAUGCUCUGAGCCUCAUUAAGCUGCGGUAAGUGUGUUAAGCUGAACCACACCGUGAUGGAUGCCCAAGUUUCUCUUGUGAAUGUGCAGUCCUUAAAAGUUGCCAUUAUUCAUCGUAGG